UAUCGGUUAACCCUUGCUUGGCGGGGCCGGCUGGAGCUCCGCUGGCCGGAACCCGAGAGUCGGGGCUGGCCAGCCACACCCCUCGCAGGAUUUAAAGGGGUAGGAGGGACCGGGUCGGCCGAAGCCUGAACCGAAGGAGCGGGCAUGAGGCGCUGCCCGUGCCGGGGGAGCCUGAGUGAGGCGGAGGCCCGGGCGCUGCCCGCGGCAGCCCGCAUGGGCUUGGAGGCGCCGCGAGGAGGGCGGCGGCGGCAGCCGGGACAGCAGCGACCUGGGCCCGGCGCCGGGGGCCCGGUGGGGCGGCCGGAGUGGGGCGGGCCCUGGGCCCGGACCGCGGGGUCCAGCCUCCACACGGAGCCCGAGAAGGCCGGCCUCGGGCCUGAGCCGUGGACAGAUGGUCCACAGACAGAAUUCUGGACAGACGGACAGACUGAGCCUGGAGCAGCUGGCCUCGGAGCAGAAACGGAGAGGCCCAGUCAAAAGACGGAGCCAGACAGGUCCAACCUCCAGAUACAUCCAGAAAGGAGCUGGUCGCAGUUGGAGACGACCAGUCGCUGGACGGAGACUGGGGCAGAUGGCUUUUGGACUGAUCCGCACAGGUCAGACCUCCAGUCUCAGCUAGAGAAGGCCAGCCUCCGGACACCGCCAGGAGUUGAUGGGCCAUGGACAGAGCCAGAAACACAUGGGUCACAGACUCAGCCAGAAUGGAUCAAGCCCUGGGUCGAUAACCUCUGGACCCGCCAGAGCAGGUCCAACCUCCGGACUCACCCAGAGGGAGCCUGUCCCUCAACAGAGCCAAGUGCUCAAGGCUCCUGGAAAGAAUUGUACACUGAUGGCUCCAGGACACAACAGGAUCCUGAAGGUCCCUGGACUGAGGCACACACUGAUGGCUCCAAGACACAACAGGAUACUGAAAUAGCCAGGAAGCAGCCUGACACAAAUAGUUUCCCAAUACAACAAGAUACUGAUGGCUCCUGGACACAGCCUGGCACUGAUGGUCCCCAGACAGCGCCUGGGACAGACUGCCUUUUGGGAGAGCCUGACGAUGGCCCAUUAGAGGAACCAGAACCUGAGGAGUUGUUGACUCAUCUGCCCUCUCACCUGAAGUGUAGCCCCUUGUGCCCUGUGCCCCGCCUCAUCAUCACCCCUGAGACUCCUGAGCCUGAGGCCCAGCCAGUGGGACCCCCCUCCAGGGUCGAGGGAGGCAGUGGUGGCUUCUCCUCUGCCUCCUCUUUUGACGAGUCUGAGGAUGAUGUGGUGGCCGGGGGCGGAGGUGCCAGCGAUCCUGAGGACAGGUCUGGGAGCAAACCAUGGAAGAAGCUGAAGACAGUUCUGAAGUAUUCGCCCUUCGUGGUCUCCUUCCGAAAACACUACCCUUGGGUCCAGCUUUCUGGACACGCCGGGAACUUCCAGGCAGGAGAGGAUGGUCGGAUUCUGAAACGUUUCUGUCAGUGUGAGCAGCGCAGCCUGGAACAGCUGAUGGAAGACCCUUUGCGGCCUUUUGUGCCAGCCUACUAUGGUGUGGUGCAGCGGGAUGGCCAGACCUUCAACCAGAUGGAAGAUCUCCUGGCAGACUUCGAGGGCCCCUCCAUUAUGGACUGCAAGAUGGGCAGCAGGACCUACCUGGAGGAGGAGCUGGUGAAGGCUAGAGAACGGCCCCGGCCCCGGAAGGACAUGUAUGAGAAGAUGGUGGCUGUGGACCCCGGGGCUCCCACCCCCGAGGAGCAUGCCCAGGGUGCGGUCACCAAGCCCCGCUACAUGCAGUGGAGGGAAACCAUGAGCUCGACCUCCAUCCUGGGCUUCCGGAUCGAGGGCAUCAAGAAAGCUGAUGGGACCUGCAACACCAACUUCAAGAAGACGCAGGCACUGGAACAGGUGACAAAGGUGUUGGAGGACUUUGUGGACGGGGACCGUGGCAUCCUGAGAAAGUACGUGGCACGUCUGGAAGAACUUCGCGAUGCUCUGGAGAACUCCCCCUUCUUCAAGACCCACGAGGUGGUGGGCAGCUCCCUCCUCUUUGUGCACGACCACACUGGCCUGGCCAAGGUCUGGAUGAUCGACUUUGGCAAGACGGUGGCCCUGCCUGGCCACCAGACGCUCAGCCACAGGCUGCCCUGGGCUGAGGGCAACCGUGAGGACGGCUACCUCUGGGGCUUGGACAACAUGAUCCGCCUCCUUCGGGGUCUGGCCCAGAGUUGACCCACUCGGCCAUCUCCAGGUUUAUUUAUUAGAUGGUACCAGUCCAGCUGGAGGAGCCCUGAAAUGUCAUGGGGGCCUGAGAUUGGCAAUGGGGAAGCUGACCCCCAAGGAUGGGAGAGGUUGUGUCGUACUUGUACGCCACACAAGAUCAAUGUGGAAAGGCCUUGGGUGACCAGAUAGCAUCUGGUCCCUUGGUGAUAGGGGGGCUGGAAGGACCACAGAGGGGGCAGGAUGAGGCUUAUACGGUGACAUGGCAGAACCUGAACAGGUCCCCUGAGCAGCCAGGAAGGUUUCUGAGGGGCUGCUGGAGGCCACAGCCAAACCACACUGCCCUGGGAGGACACAUUCAGAAUUCACACGGUCAGGGGUGACACGGUACCUAUGGCUAUGUGAAUGACUUGUCAUCUGCCUCCUUGCCAGCCCCCUCCCAGUGGCAAGCCGGUUCCCUGAGGUCAGGGACUGGGUCAGGUUCACCUUUGGUGCCCCAGAAAAUCAGGCAUUGUUUGUGAACAAAUGCAGGAGCCCCUUGUCCACCUGGGGAGAGUGACAGCCCAGCUCUUCAUCUGGGAGCCAUUCAAGGACUGAGCAGCAGAGGGUGUGACACCAUGGGACUGGCCGAUGCCCGAGGGCUGAUGCCACUGGGUGGGCCAUAGUUCACUCUUGUCCUGCCCUGCCCUGCCAUGCCCCGUGAUCCUCCUUACUCUCUGGAGGACUCUGCUGACCUCCUGCAGACCCACAGCGCAGCCACGUCCCAGCACCGCCCCAGCACUGUGACAGUACAGCCUCGCUCCUUGUACCGCAGGUCUAGCCUCAGGACUUCCUCCUUCUGCCCCGGCCCUGGGCUUUUCUACCUCCUUCCUCCCAGCAAACUGCAUGGCAGAAAGGAGACUCAGGGGUAGGAGAGCAGGUGUCCUCCUGUGAGUCAGAGCUGCCUUGCUCAGGGGACCCCCCACCCCAUCACAGGCCCCUGUGAAAUGUGCCCAGCGUGGGCCUGAAGCACAGGGUGGCUGGGUGGGCUGCUGGCCGUGACCCCGGCUUACAGCCUGCUCCAAACCAAAGACUCCAGAACUCUGAGGUGUGGUCAGUGGCCCAUCUGUCCCACUCCUCUGUCCCACUCGUAGCUUUGGCUUCCUGGCCCACAAGGGUGGGCUUGGGGAGGACAGGCAGCUACCUCUUUCCUAAGCUGAAGCGCCAACACUGUCUUCCAGGGCGAGGAGAUGUACUCCUUUUCUACUGACUGUCUUUAUACUUAUUUAUACAAGAGGUAGCUGUUAGGGGGGGGGCAUUGCUGGGCCUCCUGCCCAUGAUGACACCCAAUAAACAUGACACUCA